GGGCAGCAGUCGGCGGUGGGCUGGAAAAGGAAGAGUGCGCCUGCGCGGGAGGUCGAGGCUAUGCGUGGAAGUGGGGCGGCCCUCGCUGGCAGGCGCCGGGAGGAGGCCGGAGGACAGGGCCCGCGGCAGCCGCGGGGAGGCCAGGACCCCUGCGGAUCCCCGGCCUGGGUCAGUGAGGAGCCCUGGUGAUCCAGCCAGGCCUGGGGCUCCCAUCCUCAUCCCCAUCGCGCGCCUCACGGAGAACGACAGCCAACUGGGUCCCUACCCCUACCUUUGGGACGUACCCAGCAGGUGUGCGGGAGAGCGAGGCCUAGGCGUGGCGUGUGUGGUCCACGGACUUCCUCGCGGGUGGAAGAUUUUCUACCAGAUGUUCCACCGUUAUAAUGCUGGAGUUAAGAAGUCUUUAUUCCUUUGCUUCAAACCAGAAGACCUUGUUCUCUGCAUAUAGAGUAGGAGUAAUGUUGAUUAGAAACUGGCUGGUAUUUAAAACUGAAGAUUGUCAUGACUGUUUAACCUAAGCUCUAUGCUGAAGUCAGAUUAAUUGUCUUGGAAAUACUAAAUUGGGGUAACCCAAAUCUGUUUCUGGAACCAUGAAAAUUUUGCUGGUUUUCGACUUUGACAAUACAAUCAUAGAUGACAAUAGUGACACCUGGAUUGUACAGUGUGCUCCAGAGAAGAAGCUUCCUAUUGAACUACAAGACUCUUAUAAAAAAGGAUUUUGGACAGAAUUUAUGGGCAGAGUCUUUAAGUAUUUGGGAGAUGAAGGUGUAAGAGAAGAUGAAAUGAGAAGAGCAAUGAUAUCAAUGCCUUUUACUCCAGGGAUGGUGGAACUUUUAAACUUUAUAAGAAAGAACAGGGAUAAAUUUGACUGCAUCAUUAUUUCAGAUUCAAACUCAGUCUUCAUAGAUUGGGUUUUAGAAGCUACCAAUUUUCUUGAUGUGUUUGAUAAAGUAUUUACAAAUCCAGCAGCUUUUGAUAGCAGUGGUCAUCUCACUGUGGGAAAUUAUCAUGCUCAUUCUUGCAAUAGGUGCCCCCAAAAUCUUUGCAAAAAUGUAGUUUUGGUAGAAUUUGUAGAUAAACAGUUAAAACAAGGAGUGACUUAUACGCAAAUUGUUUAUAUAGGUGAUGGCGGAAAUGAUGUCUGUCCAGUAACCUUUUUAAAGAAGAAUGAUGUUGCCAUGCCACGGAAAGGAUAUACUUUACAGAAAACUCUUUCUAGAAUGUCUCAAAAUCUUGAGUCUAUGGAAUCUUCUGUUGUAGCUUGGUCUUCAGGUGUUGAAAUAAUUUCUCACUUACAAUUCCUAAUAAAGGAGUAAUCUGCCAACAA